ACUGUGACUGAGACUGAGAAUGGGUAAAACACGCAUGUAAUUCCAUUUUAUCUUCCAUGUGUGCCAGCUUAUAUAAAGCGAAAAUAAAUCACGUUCUCUUUCCGACUCAAAAUGAGCCAUGCGCGCUCUUGGUGUCUCUACACCCCUUGCGCGUCCCCGCCCCAUAUCGCUUUGAAAAAGGGAAAGGAAAUCGUCUGAGCGACCAAGAGGAGAUACUGGAAGCAUCUUCUUUCUGUUAGAAGCUACAAGGGAAACUGGUGGAGAAGUCCAAUAUACAACAUGAAGGACCGUACGCAAGAGCUUAGGAGUGGCAAGGAAAAUGACGAACUGGACGAGGUGGCCGUCAGCCUGGACAAAAACCGAUUCAUGGACGAGUUCUUUGAGCAGGUGGAGGAGAUCCGUGGUUUCAUCGACUCCCUCGCUGAGAAGGUGGAGGAGGUGAAGAGAAAACACAGCGCCAUUCUUGCUGCACCCAACCCCGAUGAAAAAACGAAGGCGGACCUGGAACAGCUGAUGACAGACAUCAAGAAACUGGCCAAUAAAGUGCGCUCCAAGUUAAAGAGUAUCGAGCAGUCCAUUGAGCACGAGGAAGGCUUGAAUAGGCCUUCUGCAGACCUGAGGAUACGCAAGACACAGCAUUCCACCCUGUCCCGCAAGUUUGUGGAAGUGAUGUCGGAGUACAACGCCACGCAGUCGGACUACCGGGAGCGGUGCAAGGGUCGGAUCCAGCGGCAGCUGGAGAUCACCGGCAGGAACACGACCAACGAGGAGCUGGAGAGCAUGCUGGAGAGUGACAACCCUGCCAUCUUCACCUCGGGGAUCAUCAUGGACUCCAAUAUCACCCAGCAGGCCAUGAACGAGAUCGAGACCCGGCACACCGAGAUCAUCAAGCUGGAGAACAGCAUCCGCGAGCUGCACGACAUGUUCAUGGACAUGGCCAUGCUGGUGGAGAGCCAGGGGGAGAUGAUCGACCGCAUCGAGUACAACGUGGAGCACUCCGUGGACUACGUGGAGCGGGCGGUGUCCGACACCAAGAAGGCGGUGAAGUACCAGAGUAAAGCGCGGAGGAAGAAAAUCAUGAUCAUUAUAUGCUGUGUGAUUCUGGGAAUAGUAAUUGCAGCCACCGUUGGUGGAACUCUGGCUUAGGAUACACAACAGCUCCAGCAGUGACGCACAUACUGUAACACACACACACACACACACGCACGCACACACAUAAACACAGUACAGUGCAGUAUACACACAAGCAUACACAGACGCACACAAAGACACAUUCACACGUGGACACACCCACACACCCAAGGCAUUCCUGCAGAAAGCAUAUUGCAUACCAACAAAGUGAGAGUGUCUAAGGAAGACAUAUUUCUUAUGCAUGAGUUCCUUUUUUUGUAAAUGUGUGGUUCUGCGAUGUGUUUACCUGGGUGUUGAAUGUUAUAUGACAAAAGUUUUAAAAACUUCUUGUUUUUUUUUUUGUUUUUUUUGUUUUUUGUUUUUUGUUUUUUUGAGGUCCAAUGUGAAAAAGGGGAGGGGUCAUUGGUGAUCUCGAAAAUGAUACUGUUGCACACACAUUCCGACUUGAAAAUUUUCUUUUUUUAUGUCAAAUAAAUAGCCUUUAUUUACAGUACUAAUCAUCUCUUAGAUGAGUCAAGUGAGGAAGGUAUGCUGUGUACACACUUAUCGAGAGAUAUACAGACACUGCGAUGAUAAGUGUUUUAUUAGAGGAAGAUAACCAUCGCUAGACUCGUGUGUUAACCUCUGAAAAGGAGAGUUCAAAUUAGCGCAGUCGAAGCAUAUCAACCUACCUGGCUGCCCCCUUCUCACCCCUUGACGUGCAGUAUGUCUAAACGUAACGUUUGCAUGAUUUUCUUCAAGAUAUAACAUUGUUCGGUGGAACAAAAAAGUUGUGACGGAACUUGUAUUUUAAUCCUUGCUUUAAAAAAAAAAAUAAAAAAAAACAGCCCGAACUGCCACUU